AAACGCUUCUGGCGCGAGACCAGACGGAACGUGGCUUUCUUGAACUCAACAACUAAAUACAACCGGUUGUCUAAACUUAAGUUUUCCAACACAAUAUUUCCCAACACGCCGCUGUCUCCUUGCCAACCUUCUGUCAUUUCCCUCAAGAGGAGCCAGAGCUGACCUCUUGGCCAGGAUGGAGGUGGCUCCUCCUGCCCUGCAGACACCGAUGGAGCCCCUCAGAAGGAGCACCCCGAGGCCUCUGAGUCAGCUGGUGGAGGAGAGCAGGAGCCCAGCCAACUUCCCCAAUCAUCUACUGGAAUCAAAGAUCUAUGCCAAACUGAAAAGCCACAGCUUGAUCCACGCAGAGCCUCCAGAGCUUCACUUCAGUGGGUUUGAGCUGAGGAAGGAUUACAUAAAGAUCCUGAAACUAAUCAACAUCUCAUCUGAAGUCGUGAAUAUUCACAUCAUCCCCACCCAAACAGAGCACUUCCAAACAACUUACACCAAAAAGUAUCGACUCAUCCCAGGCCUCGCCUACACACUGAAGGUCCGUCUCUGCCCCGACGAGUGGCGUUACUUCUACGACUGCAUUCGGGUUCACUGCAAGGGGGAAGAGAACCUGUUGAUUCCAGUUCACGCUUACCCCGUCAUCGAUGACCUGCACAUCCCUCCUCGUAUCGACCUGUCAGUCGUACCACUUGGGCAAAGUGUUCACCAUGCCAUUCCUCUGAGAUGCAGCUGCCCCAUUGACUUUGAGUUCCAGGUGUACGUCAUUCAGCCCCAUGAGGCCUUCUCCAUCCAUCCCCUUACAGGUGUGAUACCAGCCGACGGGGAAGAGACGAUCACGGUGACCUUCAGUCCUUUCCAGUACGAGACCUGUCAUGUCACCAUGCAGCUGAUCAUCUCGCAGUUCAACACCAGGCCGUACCUCUGCACCAUCACCGGGAGCUCCGCCCCUCGCCUCGCGCUCAGUGAGCCGGGUCGUGGAGUUGCAGUGCCUGCAGAAUACGAAGGAGCCUCCCCCGCCAGCCCAAAGAAUAAAACCAAAUGCAGGUCGACAAAGGAGGCCGACAGAUCAAAGACAUUCACAGAUCCGGCUGUUGUUAAGGCCGCACCGAAGCCUCCGGUAGACGUCUGCUCUCCUGCGGGCGUGGCCAAGAUGCUGAUCAGGGACCCCGAUAAGCUCAGCUCUAAAGACCUGAGGGAAGCCAUAUCCUGUGGCGGCACCGUUGUCCUGCAGAACCGGCAGAUGAAGGAAGCUCUCUUCAUGAAAGAGGUUCAAGCCAACCAGCUCAGAUGGGGAGUCCAUCUUGGUAAGGACCCCGUGUCGGAGCACCCCAGGCGGCAGGUAGCAGAGGAGAGAGAGAUCGCGCUGCAUGAAUUCAUGGUCAGAAGUGGAGAUGGGCGGCCCGAGGAAGACUUCGCUCCCGAGAAGCCGACACUUUCCUCCAGACGAGUGCUGUGUGACGCAGGACAGGCCUGCGAGGGAGCCCCCUCCUUCCAGCUGUACCGCAGCUUCCAAUGGGAGCUGAGGCGAAGAGCCCUCGGACUGUUCCAGCAGGCCGCGCGCAAGGUCGUGAUCCGAUGUCGCAUGAGCCGCAGACGGACCUGUUUGAGGAAACCGUCGGACAGCAGGUGGAACUUGCCCGCGGCAAAGAAAGAAGAGGAGACAACUUGUGCCCUGAAGAUCUCCCAAGACAAAAUCUUCCCAUUUGCGUUCCCUGUGUUCUCGAGUGAAGAUGACCCAGUGGCUCCCGGUAUUUUGCUCCCGCUGCCCGUGGAUCCUUUUGACGUGACUGUGACGACACGCAUUCCUUUCUUCGAGCUUCAAGUUCCCCAGCACUAUAAGCUCAUGGGCUACCGGCCUGUGUCCGCCUGGGAUGCUUUUAACUCUUACGUGCCCGCCACUCUGGCCAGACCUCUUCGCACUGGAGCCCCGGACGAUUUGGUGCCCAAUGAGGUCAGAGCGCGAUCCCCCACCCCGGUGGAGUCCCGGUGGUCGGCGCCGCAGCGUGACGAUGAGAAGGGGGAAGCGGCGGCUGCCCGUCUCUCCUUCAGCGCCCCCGAAGCUCUGCUCAGACCCUUUCCGGCAAACCCACUCCGAAUCUUCAACCCAGAUCCAGGCCUGCAGACCUACAAGCCAACCCCCAAGUACCUGGAGAGUGACCCGGAGUUCCACCUCUGCCCUCUAUCCAGGUAUACAAUCCCUGAGAGCAUCAUGUGUGGCAGAGAGACACGGACCGCACACACUCCCAAGUUUAUGGACCACAAGGAGGUGAUCACAGGGAUCAUGACAUGGAAGGAUUUUGAUUCGCUCGCCUCAAAGUGUCCGUCCAGCCAACCGGCUUCCACCGGCGACUGGGCCCCGCGCAGGUGUGUCGACUACAGCACAGAUACACUUCCCCUCGCAGCCCCGCCUCCUCUCACCGGCCCUCCUGAUGAUCCGCCGCCGCUAACGGACAAACCAUGCGAAGGCGCCGGAGGAGUGCAGCUCACGCCGGAGAUGAUCAGAGCAGAGUUCUUGUCUGCAGAAGCUCUGGUCUCCAAUAGCAACCUCACCAGCACAACAACAGUCAGGCGCCGAAGGGAGCUGCAGGUGGAGGCGGCCUGCAGGUCUGAGUGCAACCAGCUGGGGAAGCGAGUGACGGCCAGGCUGAAGCACUUUGGAGUCACUGACGGCGCUUCACCGGGAGAGGACUGUGAAUAGGCAAACCCCCACCGCCACACACACACACACACACUACCAGAAACACCUUCAAAUACGCUGUGUGCACACAGACACACUACACCCUGAAUAAAGACAAUCCUACUCACCGAUACGAGACUUCCCACGUAUGAGCCUCUCUCCCACCUCCUACAAAUUACAGGCAGCUAUUCCUGCAAAGCUGGGGAAUUCGUUACCCCUCCACCCACACACACACAUGUAUAAGCACAGUUCCAGUCUAUUGAGCUACCGAACACCACUCACUACAUUCCGUUGAAAAUGAUGAUUCUGCAUUCUGGAUUUUUGUGGAAAGAUAACCACGAUUGACCAUUUAGUGAUAUAAAAGUAAGUCAUGAGCGUUGCUUCUGGCUUUGCGAUGAGAUCGCCGAUUCACAGCCGGCCGAGGAUUUCUAAAUGAGUUUUAAACCGUAACGGUUCCCCGUUAAACAAGCUUGUGUUCACGCGGUUGUAAAAUGAAAGCUGCUCCGGUCAGAAUGAGAUUCUCAAAAGAGCUGACAAUCCUGUGAACUCUCUGAGAGUCCAGCUCGCUCACCCCUAGAGGGCGCUCCAACUCUGUGUUUCACACUUAGACUGAGUGUGUGUGUGGUGCUGUGUACUCACUUUAUGGUCGUGUGCUGAGUGGAAGGACACACUCGAGUACCAAAGCCUAGAGCCACACCGCUCCACUGUCAGAAUACAGUGACGUCACAUUAGGGGGGGGGGGGGGGUUAAUAGAUAGAGUUUACAAUGCAG